UUCCAAAAAUAAAUCUCUCCAAAACUAAUUCUCGUUAAAGCCUUAUAUUCUCUCCUCCAUGAGACAGGAGAAAGAGAGCAAGCGCCAUGUAUUCAUGGUUUCGUCGGAGCUUCUCAAGGAGUAGCAGCAGCAACAAGGUUGAAACCCAGAAACUAGAACCUUCAAUUACUUCUACAACCCACUUCAGUAAAAUUGAAGAACAAGAAGAAUUUUAUGGAAUUACUCAUCAAUUGAUUGAAUUCAUCAAGUCUUUCGAUUUUGACACCUUCAAGAAUUUCUCUCUCCCAGAGGAGGAAAUUGGUGGAAUUCAAACGACUUCAGGUGGAGUUACGGUGGAUUUAUCAGAGUGGCAACAACAACAUGCCACCAUUGUUCUCUCAAAAGUCAAGGAAUUGUCACAUCUAAGAUACAGAUUAUGUCCCCGCAACAUGAAGGAACGCCGAUUCUGGAGGAUAUAUUUUAGCCUUGUUAAAAGCUUCGUGACAGAGUAUGAGCUGCAGGCAAUACGGCUUGAUAAACUCAGAAAUAUGGCAAAGGAGGAGAAGGCCUCAGAUACAAAUGGAAUGCAACUCGAAAUGACAGAGGCAAAGCAGACGAGUAGUUAGCUCCUCCUUGAGAAACCAUCAAGGCAAGCAGUGCUUUUUGUCUCCUUGGAAGGUACAGAUACAGCUAAAUCCUAUCUUUGUUUAUCUGAGAAAUCUGAAAUGGGGUAAAUUUAAUAGGAACCAAAUGGGCUGUUUCACCAACUAAUGAUUCAAUCAUCUGUUGAAAGGUCUUAUAUGCUACGUCCCAGUUCGUACCAUGUACAGUGUCCCAUCCUCUUAAAAGGAAAAAGUGUGAUUCCUUUCUUCGGUCUUUUCUGGCGAUUAAGGGCAAACGUGUCAUUGUGUUGAUGUGCAUAUGGGAGUGUUUUGGUCUCCCCACUCUGUCAUGAAAAUGUAUCAUCAAGAAUUACUGAUUGUACCAGAUGAACAGGGAGAUUUUACUGAUUGUUAAUUAUUUAUGACAUCAAAGACAAGCUUCAGUUC